UAAUUGUUUUCGUGUAUGCUUAAUCGGAGCUUAUAUACCGCGAUACUGCACUUUAAUACGGCGUUUGUCAAACCGUUUAAACAUUGCUGUGAUCUAAACAAUUAUGCUUGAUUUUUUCGUUUUCCACCGAUUUUCAUUAUCACAAUCACGGAUUGUAGGUAUUAUUAGGGCUGAUCGAUAUGUCAUAACGCAAAAUAUUCAGCCUAUUCAAGAGUGCUAUAAACAUUAAUGAACGAAAUAUUGAAUACAUAAGCGGCCGAGUGUUUGGUAUCCAUGUGCGACUAUUGAACGCGUUCAGGUUGAAUAGACUUGUAGUAAAGUGGCAGCGAUAAAAACACGACACUUUAAAACACGGUGUCGUUGGAACGUAUAAAUAUGGACUAGCACAGGAGAAAAAUAUGAUAGAGUCAGAGGAAACCAUGGUUGCCCCUAGCGGACCCGAGAGUGGGGAACAUGUGAUAAGUGCGGACCCUAAUAGGGGACAGGCGGUUAUGGAAACGAUAGUGAACAGCGAAGACGUGAAUAAUAAUAAAAACGACAACGAAAUACUGGAUAGUGGAAUAGAAGCUAACGAGACGGAAAAUUUCGAUGGGGGUGAAGGAGAGGAUACAGGUAUGAACAAUGAUGACAAUCAAGAAUAUGCAAAUGACACUGAUGAAGUAAAUAACGCGAACGCACAAGUUCGUACUCAGGAAACUAAAGUCACGCCAAGAGUAGCCAUUGGCGAGAAAGAGCCGGAAGAGAUCGACCAGUUCGAUUCCGUCUCGAACACUGUCUCUCAGCAUGAGCGACCGAAAGAACUUCCGCCGAAAGCGACCGUUCCCGUGGUUGUUCCGAAACCGGAAACCAUAACGACAGAGCCGCCGGUGCCCAGUGGGAAGGCCAAGAAAAUAAAGAAGGGAGUAUUUGUAUCGUAUUCCCCGGACGCCGGUUACAUGGAACGUAAAUUUGUGGUCGAGACUAUCAAGCAGUUAAAGGAGAACAAUUUAGCGGAAGACCUUUGGUUCGAUAAAGACGAAGACAACACCGGAAGUCCUUGCUGGUUCUCCUUGCGGAUGGAAGCGGUGGAGAAAUGCCGAGCGGCGAUUCUGUUCCUCUCUGACAGCUACUUCAUGUGCCCAGUGUCAGUGUACGAAGGUAAAACAUUGAUCGAGAGGACGAAAACUGGUCCCCAUACCGUUGCAAUAUUCCCCAUUCUGGUUUCCCAGAUCGAGAAGUCCGAGCCUCACAAGGAUUUCUACCCGGUGAUGAAUCAGGCGGUUGACCUGACGACCGCAGACAGGUCCAAGCUCAGUCUGGCCGAGAAAACGUCGGUCGUCAUAGGCACCAUGAUGGAAAGCUUAGAAAAGUAUGCUUGCAUGAAUUUACCUCUCCAAAUAGCUACCCCGCCGAUUGAGUACACCGGAAAUUACAAAAAGAAGAAAAUUUGUCAAUGGGAUACGUGGGACCUGCAGGAAUGGUUAUUCAAACUUGGAAUAAAAGAGUUUUACCGACAAAGCAUAGCAGAAAACAUGGUGGACGGUUUUCUACUGAUGUCAAUGACGGACCAGGACAUGAUCAGCCAGCUCGGCAUUGACAGCAGGGUGGUUCGGAAAAAAAUCAUGCAGAAUAUCUUGGUGACACUGGACAAGGAACACAAGUUGACGGAUAAUUGGCACCUGCGGGCGCGGUCGCAGCGCGCCAAACCGGAUGUUGUGUACAUGAUUUACGAUCCGGCGGAUGUUCGGCUCGCGCAGAAUAUGAAAAUUGAUCUUAAGAAAAAGAAUUUACAGUUUCCGAAGGAAGGAAAGGUCAUUCACCAUGACAGUCACAAGCUCGGCCGCUCCAAGGAAGACUUUCUUGAGAUCAACGGACCGCAGAUGGCGACCGCUGCCCAUGUGAUUGUGCUCGUGACGGAAGCGGCGGCAGCCUCCCCUUUCGUUUUCCACGAAAUUCUCUUCGCGGACUGGUUGGGAAAAAAGCUCGUGUCCGUCGUCUUCAAGAACAUAUGGAUCCAUAUGCGCCCGACGCUUAAGGCAGUUUUAGGCGAGUGUCCGGCGAUCGACUUCGAGACGAAGAUGUACACGGAGAGCCUGGACGUUCUGGAGCAUCACAUCAAGCCCCUGAGGCGCGUCCCGGGGGUCAUUCUGGAACAGGCAUACCUCAACAAGAUGGCAGACGGGCUGAAACCCCUCGAGGCCCUCGGCCAGUCGAGCAACGGGACGCAGAUGCUGUCUCUAGGUGAUGGUGACCCGCACGUGUUCAUCAGCUACCAGUGGGACAUGCAGGCCAAGGUGGAGGACAUUAGACAGGUACUCGAGGCCUCGGGGCUCAACUGCUGGGCGGACAUCAACAUGGCGCCGCAGCCGAACCGCACACACAGCAGCAAGAGCGGCCGCGGGAGCGUCUCCACGCACGACGGAGGCUCCGACACGCUGCAGUCGCUCAUUCAGCGGAACAUGAAGGCGUCAUCGGUGGUUUUGACUUGUAUCACGCCGAAGUAUCUGCAAAGUGAUAACUGUAAAAAGGACAUGAUGUUGGCCGAGACGUUUAACAAGCCGAUUAUUCCUGUGCUUUUGCGGUUUUCGCCCUUCGAGAGCGCUCCGGAUCCGAUUCGAAAGAUCCUGGCGCGUCUGAGCUACAUUGAUCUAAGCAACGAGCGCUUGUAUAAGCAGAACAUUUCAUUGGUUGUGGAGAAAAUUAAGAAACAUAUGACUCAGACAUAGGAUUAUGCAUGCGUUUGUUAAUAAAACGCCGUUGUGUUGCGCAUGCGCUGACAAUGUUAGAUGCGGUUUCCUGUCAUGCACAGAACACGAGUCCGUGACAGAAAGUGGCCCUGGAAGGUACACUUAGGAGACAAAGAAUAGCUCCCGAAAAUAUGGAUGUAAGAGUGUUUACUGAAUACUGCUCAUGAGAUUCAUUGGUUCUCGUUUUCUGUGAUAAAAGUUUUGUUUGUUGCAUAAACGAUUGAAGUAUAUGCCACAUUGAUUGAAAAGUGAUGUGACGUGUUUAUGAUGUGAUAUGAGUCGGCAAAAACGUAUUUUGAAAUAACUGUUUGUUAACCUUUAAAACAUUAUAAUGCGGUUUUUGCAUUAAAUAUACAGAUAAUCAGAUAUUACUUAUUUGUCGGAUGGAUUUUAACACACAAUUUAUGUGCACCGGUUCAUAUUGCAUGCUCACAAAACACAACGUUGAUACGUUCAUUCGCAGACAAAAUGUGAAAAGCAUUCAUUUACGCGUAAUUUUCUAAUCCCAAUGUCUUGUGAAAUAAGGACGAUGAUUGUUCAGUGAGUAAUCUGUAAUUUUUUCUUACCAGACAUUUCUCGUUUGUGUCUGUACUAAUUUAUUUUCAUAGUGUUUUAUUUGUUUGGUGCUCUUUUUGUGUUCUGUGUCCUAUGUCAAUGUCAUCUUUUAAACGUAACGAUACAUGUGCUUCCCUUGCCUUAGCCUAGUGCAAAUACCCUAUGGAGGUCAGCCCCCACCCACCACACCCACCUCACUCAUGUGAAUAACUACACAUUUUAGAAGUACAUGUAUUAAUGUUUUGUCAAAUUGAAAAAAAUGUCAUAGAUUCAAAACCAUGUUUUAUGUAUAUACAUGUAAACACUAGAUUCAAACAAGCGAAAUAUAUUGUAUGGACAUCUUUUAGUUUAGGAAUGGCCAUCAAUCGAAAUAGAUAAAAUAUUAAAACAUUUGAAACGCGGUUGCACUGGCGUAGUGGAUUUUUGUUUCGUUUUGUGGUUUGUAGGUCGCUGGUACGAUUCCUUCUCCGGUAUCCGGUACUCAUAUUUCCCGAAGUACACAAUGCUUGACUUUACCGAGAAAAUGGAAUCGAUGUUAAUACCACCAGCUUCAUACUUCUUUAUAUGCAACCGAUUUUAAAUAAAUAGUUUUACACUUAAUACGAACGUUCACAAUAUACAUACCCGGCGCUUUAAUUCAUUGGAAAUCUACAGACACUUUUGUGGCAGCUGAACACGUGCUUUUGUAACUAUUUAACAGGUACUUGUGUUACUGUCAAGCACGUACUUUGGUACCCAACUAGCAUGUUUUUGGCAAUAUAUAUUUAAGAUGUAUCGCUUUCAUACGAUAAGUUAUUACUAAAACAAGGGCACACUGAAACAGAACUGUACGUGAGUAACAAUACGCUCAAUGUAUUCAUGAAAGCUCGUGUGUCGUUCAUGAAAAUUGCCAGUAAAUUAUUACGUGUGUUUUUUUUUUUAAAUCUCGUUUAUGCAAUUUAUCGGUUUUAUUGCAGAAUCAUGUGCAUUUGGUCCCCUAUUUCAAUGCUAAACCAUUACUUUAAACAAGGACUUCGUUGAGAAAACGAAAGGCCUAUUAGAGCUAUCAUUAUUACAAAGGCACCCACACCACACCAAGCUGCAGUGCAUAGAUAUUUAUUGAUUUUAAAUACAUUGUUUGGUUAAAUUUUCUUUCUAAUAUAUUCAAUAUAUGUGUAUUAUUUAUACAUACAUGUCUGCAUUUUGAAUAUGUUCGAUCCUGUGUGAGAAUAAAAAAGAAAACAGCGUA